GGCCGGGCCGGGAUGGACGCGCUCAAGUCCGCGGGUCGGGCCCUGCUGAGGAGCCCCAGCGUGCACAAACCGUCCUGGGCCGGCGGGCGGCACAAGAAGCUGCCCGAGAACUGGACGGACACGCGGGAGACGCUGCUGGAGGGGAUGCUCUUCAGCCUCAAGUACAUGGGCAUGACCCUGGUGGAGCAGCCCAAGGGAGAGGAGCUCUCUGCAGCCGCUGUCAAAAGGAUUGUGGCCACCGCAAAAGCAAGUGGGAAGAAGCUGCAGAAAGUGACCCUGAAAGUGUCACCCCGAGGGAUUGUGCUCAGGGACAGCAGGACCAACGAGCUCAUUGAGAACAUCUCCAUUUACAGGAUCUCCUACUGCACGGCAGACAAGGCCCACGACAAAGUGUUUGCCUACAUUGCCCAGAGCCAGCUGAACGAGAGCCUGGAGUGCCACGCCUUCCUGUGCACCAAGAGGAAAAUGGCCCAGGCUGUCACCCUCACCGUGGCCCAGGCCUUCAGAAUCGCCUUUGAGUUCUGGCAGGCAGCGAAGGAAGAGAAGGAGAAGAGGGAAAGGUCCAUCCUGGCAGCAGAAGGGACGAGCAGCCCCAGCUCAGCAGCUCCUGCCCAUCCUGUCACACCAGCAGCCAUGGGGAACUUGCUGGAUUUUGAGGACCCUGGCAGAUCCCCCCUGGGCAGCAGCACGGAGUGCCCAGAGCUGGACAACAGCAGCUUUGGGCCCAGCCCCUCGGUCAACAACAACGUGCUGUGGGAAAUGGAUGAUGGUCUCGACGAGGCGUUUUCAAGACUGGCCCAGUCGAGGACAAACCCGCAGGUGCUGGACACGGGGCUGACAGCUCAGGACAUGCAGAGUGCAGAGACUCUGUCCCCUGUGGACUGGAACAGGCUGGAGCCCAGCACGGCCGAGAAGGACGAUCUGUUCAUGUUCUGAGGGCAGGGCUGAGAGAGGAAAACCACCCUGAGCCCCUGGCCUGGAUCCUGCUGCGAGCUGGGAACUCCCCAGGGCUCCUCAGCAGCUCCGAGGAUGUCACAGCCCAGUUCAGACCAAAGCUUCAGAGACCUAACGCGGAUUUUUAUACCUUGCUCUUACCUAAGCCACGAGAUGCUCUUGGACAUGAUUAUUCACAGUUUACAAGUGUUCCUGGGAGGUGUGGAGAGCAUCUGCACACCACGGGAGGAGCUGCAGCAGGGCCUGGUCCUCCUGCAGGCAGCACCAAAGCCCCCCUGGAGCAUCCCCCACAAAGGGCUGGGAUGCAAACGCAGCUCCAAGUGUCACUAAUCCACCCAGCCUGGAACAACACAUCACCUGCCUGGCCAGGGAGGGGAUUUGCAGCAGCUGCUGACAGUGUGGAAUCAAAGAGGGAGCAGAGCUGGUGCUUUUGUGUCAGUGUCUGUGGCUCUCUCACAGCUGUCGGUCACCACACAGCUCCUGUGGGAACUGACGCUUUUUAACCCAAAGACUCUACGAAGUUUUGCACUUUAAAACUUGAACUGAAAGCAAUGCUCCGAAUUGUCAAGGUAAGCAGUGCCUGGAAGCUAUUUACCCAAAAAGAACCCACCCUAGCAAUGCUGCAGCUCUGGCUCCAAGCUGACCCCUCACCUCUCAAGAUCCCAAAGCUCCGUUGGCUUUAAAAGCAAAACCACCAGGGAGGAAGGAUUUGUUCUGCUAAAUUCUGCUGGAAAGGGCAGCUUGGGAGGACCAGCAGGACCACAGAUCCGUGUUGCCAGCUUGGCCCAGCAGGUUUGCCUGUCCAGGACUUGCUUCUGCCUCAAAGCCGUGUGGUUGUUGCUCGCUGCAUGGAAUGGGAUCAGGCAGGAGCAAUUCCUGGCUGCCCAGUUAGCAGAGGUGCCCCUCCCAGUGGUGCUCCCACCCCUUCUCCCUGACAGCCACAGCUCCCAGGGGGCUCAGGAAGCUGCAUCUACCCCUGGGACUGAAAACCAGCAGCGGAGGCACAAAGCUUCUGCUAACUAAAAGAUUUAAGUUUAACGAUCCUAAAUAGUCUCACUGACACCUCGCAGUGUUUGUGGCCUUAUGUGAAGUGUACUAAUCUGUUUUAUAGAUUUGUAACUUGGGUUUGAAGCACUAAUUCAUUCCCCAGAUAGCUCUUUAGAACUCCCUUAAAACUGCUCCCAAGAAGGGGAAAAAACCCUCUCUGUCAGCUGCAAGAAUUCAUUAGGAAGCAGCUGAGUGACUCUGACUUAGAUUUGAGAUAUUUUUUCCCCCCGAGUGUGAGAAGGUGUUGGGGACUCGUGGAGCUGACUCAUCACGUCUGUGACAGAACCUGUGCUCUGUGGAUCCUGCAGAGCGGUGUUCAAAGCAGUUCCACAUCUUGGAAGGGCUGUGCCCGUGCCUCCCUCCAUCCCGGGCUGGGAGGAAGCAGCAGAGCUGCUGCAGGCACAGGGCUCAGCCAGGGAGCUGCUGCAGGAGCCCAGCAGUGCCUGUAGCCAGCCCCGACCCCAGGGAGCUCUGCUCUGCCCAGGAGCCUGGGAUGGAGUGUGAGGAUUCUCUGUGCAUCGACCUCUCUCCUUCCCUAGAGGCUCCAGCAGCAGACCCUGACAUUCACAACACUAUCUCUGUGUGUCUGGAGUGGUUUUUUUUUGUUUUUUU